ACUUCGUGAUGACCUCCAGCUCUGGUAUUACCCCCCCACAACCAGCACUUAUUAACAAUCAGGCUCCAGCUCCAGACAGAUUCUUUUGUCAUACUCUUCUGCUGUGGAUGCCAUACAAGCUGUGGAGGGUUAAGGUUCUCUGUCCCAAUCCAGCCUGCGGACAACAUCAGCUGACAGGAGGUGGUCUGCACAAAAGGGCACAACAGGUUCUAGACAUUGACAGAACAUAUAAUAUGGUCACAGAAACCCUUAUCUGUACAAAGUGUAGAGCCUCGCAUGUGUCCUGGAGUCAGACUGUCCUGCAACAGCUAGAUCUGGGCCAUCGCUCUGAGUUUCAGGUCAUCCUCACGCGGAAGUACGCCUGUGAUAUGCGGGUCAUCAGGCUCUUGCGUGAGCGUGGCUUAGGCAAUAGUCCCACGCGGGUGAUAAAGCAGCUGCGUGAAAACCACAGCGAGCAGUGGCUCCAUCGUCUGGCCCGGUACACCACCCAAUGUGUUGACUUCCUCAAUCAACCCGGGGUGAUGCCAGUAAAUUUCCAGGAGCCCCCAGAGCCUACGGUGGUGCCAAGCUGCAAGUGGUUGCUCACCGUUUACAGCCAAGACAUUCUGACCAGGCUGGAUGAAAUCCAUGCCAGAAUAACAUCCACCUAUGGCUCUGUCUUGAAGAUGGAUUCUACUAAAAAGAUCACCAAGAAGCUGGCUGGGACAGCGAGGGGAACGGGACUCUGGCUUACCUCUGUUGGCAACGAGUUUGGUCAGGUGCUCAUAAGUGUGCUGACAGCCCAGGAAGGAGCAGGACAUGACAUGAUGGUAGAUGGUCUGGUGAAAAGAUACCAGCAGGCUGGUGUAAAUCCACCUUCUGUGUUGUACGUGGACUGUGGGUGCUGCAGUGAGGUGAGCGAGAGCAAGCUGAAAACCAGGUUUAGGGGCUGGCCAGAUCUCAUGAUACGCUUGGACAUCUGGCAUUUUAUGCGCAGGAUUGCCUUGGUGUACAACUGA